CCGGGAACACCGGAAGUACCGGAACACCGGAAGGCGGAAGCGCGGGCGCGGCGCGAUGGCGGCGGCGGUGUCGGCCCUCAGCAGCCUGGGGGUGCCCGAGGCCGAUGUUGGGAGCGAGGAGGAGGAGGAGGAAGAGGAGGUGGCAGAGCCCGGCCCGGCCGCGGCGGCGGCGGAGCAGAGGCGGGAGGAGCGGCUGCGCCGGUUCCGGGAGCUCCACAUGAAGCGGUACGAGGCCUGCAAGCUGAACAGCCAGGAGGUGCUGGAGGAGGACAAGAGGCUGAAGCUGCCCCCGAACUGGGAAGCCAAAAAAGCCCGGCUGGAGUGGGAGCUGCAGGUGCAGGAGAAGAAGAAGGAGUGUGCAGCCCGGGGCGAGGACUACGAGCGGGUGAAGCUGCUGGAGAUCAGCGCCGAGGACGCCGAGAGGUGGGAGAGGAAGAAGAAGAAGAAAAACCCCGACCUGGGUUUCUCAGACUACGCGGCGGCACAGCUGCGCCAGUACCAGCGGCUGACCCGGCAGAUCAAACCCGACCUGGAGCAGUACGAGCGGCUGAAGGAGCAGCACGGGGACGCCCUGUACCCCACCUCGGACAGCCUCCUGCACGGCACCCACGUGCCCUCCAAGGAGGGCGUGGACAGGAUGGUGGCAGACCUGGAGAAGCAGAUCGAGAAGAGGGAGAAGUACAGCCGCAGGCGGCCCUACAACGACGACGCCGACAUCGACUACAUCAACGAGAGGAACGCCAAGUUCAACCAGAAGGCCGAGAGGUUCUACGGGAAAUACACGGCCGAGAUCAAACAGAACCUGGAGAGGGGCACGGCCGUGUGAGCCUGCCUGGCACAGCUCAGCUCAGCCUGGGCCCUGUGAGCCUGCCUGGCACAGCUCAGCUCAGCCUGGGCCGUGUGAGCCUGCCUGGCACAGCUCUCUCCUGCCUCCUCUGUUGCCAUUUUCCAUUGUAAUUUGUAUCCAAAGUAGAUUUUUAGCAGUUGCUCUGUCAGCUCCGUGGUGUUUAUUGUAGCGGACAAUUUGCAGAAUUCAGCUGUGAAUAGCUUUGGCUGCGGGAGUAGCCAGGUUGUGCCUGUCACGCUCUAAAUAAACUCCUUGGUCUAAUUUGG